CACCGAUGCAGGGAUAUCUCGGAAGUGGGGGGACCCUGUCGCAGCGACGUGGGGUCCAGCCAACGCGGGGCAUCUCGCAACUCCGUCUGGACGUGACAACUUCGCUUGUGACGGCGGCUCGAAUACGGAUUGAGGACGCAGAAUGGAAGACCAGGUCAAGAAGCUCGUCGAAAAGGCCUGGAGGCGCUAUCAGGAGACGCCGCAGGAUCGGCGGCUGUUGAUUGGAGUGGCCGGAAUCCCUGGUUCAGGCAAGACGACGCUCUCGCAAAUCAUCACCAGCCGCCUCAACGCCCACGCCGCCUCCACAAGCCCGCCAACCGCCCCGCCAGCAACAUUCGUGCCCAUGGACGGCUUCCACCUCACCCGCGCCGCGCUCUCCGCCAUGCCCGACCCGGCCGUCGCCCACGCCCGCCGCGGCGCCGCCUUCACCUUCGACGCGCCCAAGUUCCUCGCCCUCGUGAGCGCCCUGCGCGCCGCCCCGAUCCCGGAGGCGCCCGUCCUCGCGCCGUCGUUCGACCACGCCGUCAAGGAUCCCAAGGACGACGACAUUGCGGUCCUGCCGCAGCACCGCAUCGUCGUGCUCGAGGGCAACUACGUCGCGCUGGAUGGCGACGUGUGGCGCGACGCCGCGGCGCUGCUGGAUGAGCUGUGGUUUGUCGAGGUGGACUACGAGGUGGCGAGGCGGAGACUGCGGGAACGCCAUGUCAGGGCGGGCAUCGUGAAGGACAUCGAGGAGGGCGAUCGCAGGGCGGUGGAGAACGACUUGCCGAAUGGAGACGAGAUCCUCAAGAACCGGCUCAAAAUCGACGAGGUGGUUUACAGUCGCGAGGACGGAGGCUGGGUGCACGAGUAGACGUGUGAAAAAGACAACUUCCUUGUUGAUCAUUUUGGGGAUAUCACCUCUAUACAUCUAUGGAUUCCAAUAUUUGUAAAGCCAGGCCCUGGGAACACC